GUUUAUUUGAUCAAAAACAGCAUUACAAAACCACCAUACCAGCGUGUACAUGUAACUGGUUGUGUAAGGAGAAAUACGACUGCAAGCGUCUUUUUUUUCACCGGGCUGCAGAGAGACUGCUAAGUUUGUCUUCUGACUCUCACAGAAUUGCUGUUAUUUCAUUCAUUGUAUGUUGCAGUGCAUUUGGAGGAGCUCGUCUUUAUCCUUUGCACCAAGGCACUUUGUGAGGCUUAUUUCCCACAGCAGUCGAAGACCCACCUCAGUGUUCCUCUUCUUGACGGAGACAUCUGCAAGUCAAACCAUCAUGUCUGACAGAAAACGCAAGGCACCAACAGAUUCCGCCAAAAAGCCCAGCGCUAAGCAGCAGAAGAUGAUCCCCGUGAAGGAGGAGAACCAGGGGCGAGCUGGAGGCUGGCUGCAGGAUCAUCUGAAGCAGCAGAGGACAGAGAACAAGGACGUGAAAUUCAACAAGAAACGCCUUCGAUUUAUCUCUAAUAAUGAGAAAACGAAGAAGGGCUCAGAGGGUAUACUAUACUGGAUGACACGAGAUCAGAGAGUACAAGAUAAUUGGGCACUGAUCCAUGCACAGCACCUUGCAGUGAAGCAGAGCCUUCCUUUGCACAUCUGUUUCUGCCUGGUUGUCCCAAAAUCAGACUUCUCCACUCUGAGGCAUUACAGCUUCAUGCUGAAAGGUCUCCAAGAAGUUGCAACGGAAAGUAAAAAAUUGGAUAUCCAGUUCCACUUGCUGCACGGUUCACCAGGGGAUGUCCUUCCCAGCUUUGUCUCUGAUCAUAGCUUUGGGGCAGUAGUGACAGACUUUUGUCCACUCAGAGAGCAGAUGCAGUGGUUGGAGGACGUCCAAAAAAAGCUUUCGAAAGACAUUCCACUCAUUCAGGUUGAUGCCCACAAUAUUGUUCCCUGUUGGAUAGCAUCACCUAAACAAGAGUAUUCUGCCAGAACCAUUAGAGGAAAGAUCACCAAGCUUUUGCCAGAGUACCUCAUCGAUUUCCCACCAGUGGAGAAACAUCCCUACACAGCUACAAGAACUGCCAAACCCAUAGAAUGGGAUGAGACCUUGGCCUCCCUGAAGGUUGACAGAUCAGUAGAGGAGACGGCGUGGGCUAAGCCAGGCACCAAGGCAGGGAUGGCCAUGUUGGAAUCCUUCAUUGAUGUUCGUCUUAAGCUGUUCGACACCAAACGCAACGACCCAAACUUUCAAGCCCUCAGCCAGCUCUCUCCUUGGAUCCGCUUUGGUCACUUGUCAGCCCAACGUGUGGCCCUGCAGGUUCAGCAAAGUGGAAAGAAGGCAGCUAUGCCAGUUGGCUCCUUCAUUGAGGAGCUGGUGGUGCGCAGGGAGCUGACCGACAACUUCUGCUUCUACAACAAGAAGUACGACUGUGUGGAGGGUGCGUACGAGUGGGCUCAGAAGACUUUGAAAGAUCAUGCCAAAGACGAAAGGCCAUAUAUCUACUCACGUGAGCAGCUGGAGAAAGCAAAGACACAUGAUAAACUCUGGAAUGCAGCUCAGUACCAGAUGGUCAGUGAGGGGAAGAUGCAUGGUUUCCUGAGGAUGUACUGGGCCAAAAAGAUCCUGGAGUGGACUCCUUCACCAGAGGAGGCACUCUCAAUAGCUCUGUACCUGAAUGACCGCUACGAGCUAGAUGGACAGGACCCCAAUGGCUUUGUUGGAUGUAUGUGGUCGAUCUGUGGCAUUCAUGACCAGGGCUGGGGAGAGAGAGCUAUUUUCGGGAAGAUCCGCUACAUGAACUACAAGGGAUGCCAACGGAAGUUUGACGUUGCCGGCUUCGAGAAGAAGUACUGUCCCAAACUCAUCUGAAGGCUUACAUUUUCAAGAAGAAUGCCUAAAAGCCUUUGAAUAUUCCAGCCUUAUCUCAGGGAGCUUUUGUAAAUCCUAUCCAUUGGGGAGCGCCUUUUUUAUAGUUCUUUAUUGCUUGUUUUGUCCCAGACUGUCGGUUUGUUAUUGCCUGGACUGUUUCUUAUGCAGAAUGUUCAGACGUCUUGUUUACACUUCUAAGUACUGUAAGCUUGUACUUUAUGUUUGUGCUGACGUUGCUUAACAUUAGACAGUGACCUUAGCGGAAAGAGCUUUUUUAAUUUACUCAUAUGUUACUGUUUUAUUGUCGUUUUUUUAAAGUUGCCUUUAUCGUAAGCAAAGCCUUGUUUGUGGUGCGGGUUCAUGAUUCAUUUAUAUCUCAGUGCAUGCUGUUGUGUUCUGUGCAUCUUCUCUCUCCUAGAGGGCCCAGACUGUACCAUGAAAUAAAAAGUUUUUUUUAUUUCCUUA